ACACUGUCUUUGGCAGGACAAAGACCAGAGUCAGAGGAACCAGAGCCAGGGACGUCCAAACCAGCAAGACGACACCAGUGUUCCCACUGUGGAAAGGGUUGUAACCACUUAUGUGAGCUGAAACAACAUGAGAGAAUACACACAGGGGAGAAGCCUUACCACUGCUCCCAGUGUGGAAGGAGUUUUAGCCAUAAAGGUAACCUGAACCAACACGAGAGAAUACACACAGGGGAGAAGUCUUAUCACUGCUCCCAUUGCGGCAGGAGUUUUAACGUCUUAUGGGAGCUGAAACAACAUGAGAGAAUACACACAGGGGAGAAGCCUUACCAGUGCUCGCAUUGUGGAAAGAGUUUUAACCAGAAAGGACAAAUGAAAGCCCACGAGAGAAUACACACAGGGCAGAUGCCUUACCACUGCUCUCAGUGUGGCAAGUGUUUUAACCUGUUAGGGGCACUGAAACAACACGAGAGAAUGCACACAGGGGAGAAGCCUUACCACUGCUCUCAGUGUGGCAAGUGUUUUAACCUGUUAGGGAACCUGAAACAACAUGAGAGAAUACACACACGGGAGAAGCCUUACCACUGCUCCCAGUGUGGAAAGAGUUUUAGCCAGGCAGGUAACCUGAAAAUACAUGAGAGAAUUCAUACAGGGGAGAAGCCUUACCACUGCUCUCAGUGUGGCAAGUGUUUUAACCUGUUAGGGAACCUGAAGCAACAUGAGAUAAUACACACAGGGGAGAAGCCUUACCACUGCUCCAAGUGUGGGAAGAGUUUUAAUCGGUUACACGCCCUCAAAUGUCAUGAGCGUAUACACACAGGGCAAAAGCCUUACCACUGCUCCCAGUGUGGAAAGACUUUUAACCAUUUAGAGGAAUUAAAAAAUCAUGAGAGAAUACACACAGGGGAGAGACCUUACCACUGCUCUCUGUGUGGCAAGUGUUUUAACCUAAUAAGGUCCCUGAAACAACAUGAGAGAAUACACACAGGGGAGAAGCCUUACCACUGCUCUCAGUGUGGCAAGUGUUUUAACCUGUUAGGUACCCUGAAACAACAUGAGCGUAUACACACAGGGGAGAAGCCUUACCACUGCUCCCAGUGUGGGAAGAGUUUUAACCAUUUAUGGAACCUGAAAAAACAUGAGAGAAUACACACAGGGUAGAAGUCUUACAAAUGCUCAGACUGUGGGAAAACAUAUUUCUCAUCACAGUCACUAAAAAGUCACGUGAGAAUCCACACAGGAGAGAAUAAUUACUUCUCCCAUUGACUUAAAAUUCAUCAGAGAACAUACACAGUGCUCCCGUUGUCUUAUAUUGUUGACUGAGAAUGUGUUUACCUGUCUUUACCAUAUGAAAUUGAAUUGUACAAAGUAUACUCAAACAUAUAUUUGUAUGUUUUUAUUAGAAAACAUGAAGUGAAUAUGGAGUAUGUCAGUUUGAAUAUAGAGUAGAUCAGAUUCCAUGUUUUUAAAUGGUCCUUUUUUAAACUCUGACUGUGUGUUUAUCUGGGUGUGUCAUUCCUCCAGCACUACAGAUAGUACAGUGAUAUUUGGAUGUGAUGCAUUUGCUCCAUUGUUUACAUUUGCAUUGUUGGUCCACUGAUGAUUUAAUGAAAUGAAAAUGUUCACAGAGUCUGUAAUGCAAAAUGUUAAUUGUGUGUGUCCACAUAUCUGAGUAUGUGACUAACCUUGUGAAACUGACCUAUUAUAAUCUCCUGUUCCUGGGAGUAUCAUCCUGCGUUGCAAACCAGCUGCACCUGCGUCCUUGUAUGAAUAAAGCCCCUCCCAGGAACAGGAAACUAUAAAGAUAUGUGCUCAUCACCCAAUGCUUCAGGAAUUCAGACUGUCUACACUGCGCUGUGUAACUCUGUUAUUCUCUCUGAGCUCAGAAAUAAAGACUCUUGGUUUGA